AUGUUGGGAAAACUCUCAUUCCUCAGCGCCCUGUCCCUUGCAGUGGCGGCACCUUUGUCCAACUCUACGUCUCCAAAGUAUGAUUAUAUCAUCAUCGGAGGUGGUACUAGUGGUCUGGCUGUCGCAAAUCGUCUAUCAGUGGAUCCCAGUGUGAGCGUGCUCGUUCUUGAGGCCGGUGGCUCAGUCAGGAACAAUGCCAAUGUCACAAACGUGGAUGGUUACGGGCUUGCAUUUGGGACAGACAUUGACUGGCAAUACCAGUCCGUCAAUCAGCCAUACGGAGGAAACCUGAGCCAGGUGCUUCGUGCCGGGAAGGCUCUUGGUGGAACGAGCACUAUCAAUGGCAUGGCUUAUACGCGGGCGCAGGAUAUUCAGAUUGACUCCUGGGAAACCAUUGGGAACACCGGAUGGACGUGGAAGAAAUUGUUCCCUUACUAUCGCAAGAGCGAGAACUUCACCAUUCCAACCAGAUCUCAGGCCUCUCUUGGAGCGUCGUAUAAUCCUGGAUCCCACGGCCAGGACGGUCCCCUUGAUGUUGCCUUCACGAACAUCCAGUCCAACACCCUAACCACCUAUCUCAACCGUACCUUCCAGCGCAUGGGACUUCCAUGGACUGAGGAUGUCAAUGGCGGAAAGAUGCGCGGCUUCAACAUGUUCCCCUCCACUGUGAACCUUGAUGAGUAUGUUCGCGAAGAUGCCGCUCGUGCGUACUACUGGCCCUACCAGUCCCGACCUAACUUGCACGUCCUGCUCAACACUUUUGCCAACCGGAUUAUGUGGAAGAGCGAAGCCCAUGAUGGGCACGUCACUGCCAGUGGUGUUGAAAUCACGUCCAGAAACGGUACCGUCAGCGUUAUUAACGUCCAAAAGGAAGUCAUUGUCUCUGCCGGUGCCUUGAAGACCCCGGCUAUCCUCGAACUUUCCGGAAUUGGCAACCCUAGCAUUCUUGGAAAGUUCAACAUCCCCGUUCAAGUUGACCUUCCUACUGUCGGUGAGAACCUUCAGGACCAGGUGAAUAGCCAUAUGGAUGCUUCGAGCAACAGUUCCAUCUCCGGAAGCAAAACGGUUUCCUACCCCGAUGUCUAUGAUGUCUUCGGUGACAAAGCCGAGUCCGUUGCCAAACAAAUCCGUGCCAACCUGAAGCAAUAUGCAGCCGACACAGCCAAGGCCAACGGAAACGUUAUGAAGGCUUCCGAUCUUGAGCGUCUCUUCGAGGUCCAGUAUGAUCUUAUCUUCAAAGGCAGGGUUCCAAUCGCAGAAGUCCUGAACUACCCGGGAAGCGCGAAGUCAGUGUCUGCGGAGUUCUGGACCCUUCUUCCCUUCGCUCGUGGAAGUGUCCACAUUGGUUCCUCAGACCCGCUCCGAUUCCCUAUCAUCAACCCCAAUUACUUCAUGCUCGACUGGGACACGAAAAGCUACGUCGCCGUUGCAAAGUAUAUUCGCCGCGCGUUCGAGAGCUACCCUCUCAGCAGCAUCGUCAAGGAGUCCACCCCAGGCUAUAGUGUCCUUCCUCGGAACGCUUCCGAGCAGAGCUGGAAAAAAUGGGUCUUUGAUAACAACUAUCGUUCUAAUUUCCAUCCCGUUGGCACUGCUGCCAUGAUGCCUCGUGAAAUUGGCGGUGUCGUGGACGAGCGCCUCGGUGUGUACGGCACUACGAAUGUCAGAGUUGUAGAUGCCUCGGUGCUUCCAUUCCAAGUCUGCGGCCAUUUAGUGAGCACCCUAUACGCUGUGGCCGAACGGGCAGCGGAUUUCAUCAAGGCCGACGCCGCUCGUCGUUAG